AUGUCUGCGUACGAUAACGUGGUGAUUGGGAAGCUGAAGUUGAAAGGCAAAGCCUUGGAUGUGAAAGGUGGCAUCAGAAACAAGAAGAAACAAAGACGCUACGAGUAUGAUCAAUCUCUUCAAUCCUCACAAGGUUGUGGAGAUGCAAUAGAACAGUAUGAGAAUGAUGGUGAGGAGAUAGGAAGGGCUGGAGUAGGAUCAUAUGACAUUAUGACACCAGCGGAGAGGCGAUAUUUCGAGCAGGCAGAGAGGCUUCAUGCUCAAAGGCUUGCCAAAAUGGCCAAGAAAUCGCAUCGCGAUCGGGUUCAGGAAUUCAAUCAGUAUCUGGCUAAUCUCUCCGAGCAUUAUGACAUCCCCAAAGUCGGCCCUGGUUAA